AUGGCCGAUCGUUUACGCGCCCCGGCGAGCUUCUUGACUCAGUCCAAUGCUUUGCUUAGAAAGAACUUAACCUUUCAGAAACGAAAUAUGUGCUCGAAUGUAUCGCUGGUUUUAAUACCUUGUUUGCUGUGUUUGAUUUUGCUUGGUCUACAAAUUGCGACAGACAAAAUGAAAAUGGAAGAAUCCAAAAGGAACUUAAUCAAGUGCGAUAACAGCAGCAGCGGUUUCGAUGAAGGGAGCCCUUGUCCCUAUCCUAAGCCUCGAGAAUGGCCUCCGGUAUUGCAUAUACCCGAUGCUAUUUCUCGUGCAGUUACAAGUGACUCUGUUAUUCCUUUCACAGACUUGCCCGACGAGUCAUGCAGGGCUAACGGCUCCUGUCCUCUCACUAUACUGGUCACUGGAAAUAAUCAGUCUUUUGGACAAAUUUUGGCUGGGAAUUUGUUGUCCAAUGAUUUCCCUCUCAAUUCCUCUGAUGUCAUGGAUUUUCUGGCCAACAAUGUCAUGGGAUCUCACUCCUUACCUAGAGCGCCCAACUUUUUAGACAGAGCUUUCUUCACACAAACCAUCUAUAAGGUGCAGCGCCAAUGCUCCCCCAACUCUACAUUCUCCAUUCCGACUCUUCAUGUAUCAUCCAGACUCGACCAUGGACGGGGAGGGCCUCCUCAUGCUGUGGUUAGGCUGGCCUCCGCCUCACCUCACAUGCUCAUAACAACCAAAAAACUCCCAAUUUCUAAAUCUCCACCUCGUUUUCGGCCCGCGCCCGACCCACCUGAACCCUACCAGCCAACUCCCAAUCCGCCUCCAGUCCCCUUCCAGCCCACUCUCAACCCACCCCCAGUUCGUGUCCAGCCCAUUCCCAACCCGCCUCCGGCCCGCUAUCCACCCCCACCCUCAGCUCGCAAACAGCCCCCUCCCCCUCCUCAGCCUCGCAACCCACCUCCACCACAAGCCCCCAGCCCAACCCAAGCCCCCAAUCCAGGCCUCACUCCCAAGGCCCAACCCAAUAAAGAAUAUGAACAAGAGGUUAGAUGUGUUGAAGCUUUGACUUUGUGGCGCAACAAUUCUUCUGAUAUAAACAAUGAGCUAUAUAAUGGUUACCCAAAGGGGAACCCAGAGAGGAAAGUUAAUGAAAUACUUGCAGCCUAUGAUUUCUUAAACUCAAAUGAGAACAGUUUUAAUGCAAUCCUUUGGUACAAUUCAAGCUUGAGGAGGAGUGUUGGUUCUGAUCUGCAGCGGAUUGGGCGCUCAGUGAAUCUGGCAUCCAAUGCCUACCUUCAGUGUUUGCAAGGCCCUGGUACCAAAAUGCUGUUUGAGUUUGUCAAAGAAAUGCCUAAGCCUGUAACCAACGUAGUAAGCAUACCGGAUCUUUCCUCUCUACUUGGUCCACUCUUCUUUACAUGGAUCAUUUUACUGCUGUUCCCGGUUGUUUUGAAGUCACUGGUUUACGAGAAACAACAAAAACUGAGAAUCAUGAUGAAAAUGCAUGGCCUUGGUGAUGGACCGUAUUGGAUGAUCUCCUAUGCCUAUUUUCUUGCAGUUUCUUUGAUCUACAUGCUGCUGUUUAUGGCAGUUGGCUCCAUCAUAGGGUUAAAAUUCUUCACAAUCAAUGACUACAGCAUCCAGUUGGUUUUUUACUUCAUCUAUAUGAACUUGCAAAUAGCAGCGGCUUUUCUAGUAGCUUCAAUGUUUUCAAACGUUAAGGCUUGUACAGCUAUAGGUUACAUUCUGGUCUUUGGAACUGGGCUUUUGGCAGAAAAUCUUUUUCGAAGCUUCAUCGAAGAUGCAUCAGUCUCUAGACGCGGGAUCAUUCUUUUACAGUUGUAUCCUGGCUUCUCUCUGUAUCGUGGAUUAUACGAGCUAGCACAAUACCCCUUGCAAGAAAAAAGGGUUGGGAUGGGAUGGGGCGAUUUGAAUGAUAACCAGAAUGGGAUGAGAGAGGUCUUCAUUAUCAUGGUUAUUGAGUGGUUUGUGGUGCUUUUUGUUGCAUAUUGCAUUGACCAAGUUGUAUCAUCUGGAAGUGGAAAAAGUCCUUUAUUUUUCUUGCAAAGGAUUAGGAAGAAGAAACUUACAUCUCUAAGGAGGCCUAGUUUGCAAAGGCAGGGAUCUAAAGUUUCCAUUCAGAUGGAGAAAUCUGAUGUUAGUCACGAGAUCGAGAUGGUUGAGAGGUUGGUAUUGGAACAAAAUACAAGUCAUGCGAUCAUUUGUGACAACCUCAAAAAGGUGUAUCCGGGAAGAGAUGGAAACCCUGAGAAAUUUGCAGUGAAAGGGUUGUCUCUUGCUUUGCCUCCAGGGGAGUGCUUUGGUAUGCUUGGCCCCAAUGGUGCAGGGAAGACCUCUUUUAUUAGUAUGAUGACUGGUCUCACAAAACCAACCUCUGGCACAGCAUAUGUUCAUGGUAUGGACAUUCGGACGCAAAUGAACGAUAUAUAUACCAGCAUGGGAUUUUGUCCACAGCAUGACCUACUGUGGGAAACACUGACUGGAAGGGAGCAUCUACUAUUUUAUGGCAGACUUAAGAACCUCAAAGGUCGUGCCUUAAUGCAAGCAGUGGAAGAAUCUUUGAAGAGUGUCAAGCUAUUUGAUGGUGGGAUUGCUGACAAACAAGCAGGGAAAUACAGUGGAGGCAUGAAGAGAAGGCUCAGCGUCGCAAUUUUGUUGAUAGGGGACCCCAAAGUUGUUUACAUGGACGAGCCUAGUACUGGACUUGAUCCAUCUUCGAGAAACCAUCUAUGGAAUGUUAUAAAGACUGCAAAACAAGACCGGGCAAUCAUCCUAACCACACAUUCCAUGGAAGAGGCAGAGGUCCUGUGUGAUCGAUUAGGAAUUUUCGUAGAUGGCAGGAUGCAGUGUAUAGGAAACCCGAAGGAGCUGAAGGGGAGACAUGGAGGGUUAUAUGUCUUUACGAUGACAACAAGUUGGGAACAUGAGGAAGAAGUGGAGAGGAUAGUACAGAAGUUGUCACCCAACGCGAACAAGACAUACCGACUGUCGGGGACACAGAAGUUUGAACUGCCCAAAAAUGAGGUCAGAAUUGCAGAUGUAUUCCAAGCAGUGGAGUUUGCAAAGAGUAGAUUCCCAGUGUUUGCAUGGGGUGUGGUUGACACUACUUUGGAGGAUGUCUUCAUUAAGGUUGCUGCAGCUGCAGCUGCAGCUGAGUCUUCUUCAUAUGACAUAUGA